AUGCUCUACCGGAACAUCGGAGAUGACAGCGUGUGGGCGAAAGCGCAGCUGUCACAGCCAACGAAGGCCCAGCUUGCUGCGAAGGCCGCCGCGAAGGCCGCCAAGGCCGUGAACGCGAGAUCACGAAACCUGGCUUCGGGGAAGCCCAGGUCCGCCCAGGAGAUCUUGGCCAGCUUCCGGAAUAACUGGAAGGACAAGGUGGCCGAGCCCGAGGAGCCCGAGGACGCGAAGAAACCAGAUCCAAACCCAGACCAGGUCAAGGACAAGCCGGAGGAGGCCAAGUCUAAGAAGCGGGACUCAAAGGCGCGGGACUCCUCAGAGUCCUCGGAGUCCGCAGAAAGGAAGAAGCGCCAGAGGUCACGGCCCCCCCCCCCCCUUACGGCCUUAGUGAAGCUGCCCUCCUGUGCCCGGGCCAUGGCCACUGCCGGGCUUCUGGCCAAGCUCUCCGAAAUCCAAGAGCAGCAGACUACGUCCUCUUCCCACAUACAGCUUCUUCGAGACCAGCACCGCGAGUGGCAGCGGUCGGUGGAUGAACUUCUCGCGGACAUUCGGAGCCAAGCAGAGGGCGUUCCGGUGUCGGCUCCAGUGGUUCAGGAGGCUCCUGAGAAACAGAAGGACACCGAUCCUGCUUCAAAUGAAGACAACGAGGACGGAAACGACGAGCCAAACAGAGCAUCCAUAUCCUUCACUAGAAGGUCAAUGAGCACGGAAUCUUUGUUGAGGUCGCGGAACACCGUUGCCCAGAACUUCCCGGCGGGGCCACUGCGCAAGCUCGUCACCGAGGUGUUGAACGAUAGCAAGGCAGCCCCCAAGGAGCUCUCCUGGCUGGGCCGCCUCCGCGCAAAGGCAGCUCUGAUCGUCCAGUCCUCGUGGUUUGAGUUCGGCGCCGGGGUGAUCAUCCUCCUGAACCUUGUGACGAUCGGCAUCGAAGCUCAGCUCUCCUUGCACAGCGGCGAGACCUACAACGGCAACUUCUGGCCAGGAGGCGUGGAGAGGAUCUUCCUGGCUAUCUACAGCAUCGAGGCGCUGCUGCGCCUGGUCGCUGGCGGCUUCAUGAUCUUCCUAGACCUCUGGUUCCUGUUGGAUGUGGCCCUUGUCAUCGUUGGGUUGCUUGCGCUCCUGAUUGUGCCCGCUGUCGCUGGCAACUCUGGGGACAUCGAUGGCUUCGAGAGACUGCUCGUUGUGCGAGGCUUGCGCUUGUUUCGACUCGUCCGAGCUUGGCGGAUGCUGCGGCACUUCAAGAUUGUGUGGCGGCUGAUCUACGGGCUGAUGAAUGCAGGGCAAACGAUCAUCUCCACCACUAUGUUGAUCAUGGUCUCCUUGUUCAUCUUCGCUUGCGUCGCCGUGGAGGUCAUCGCGAAGGAUGAGUACUUGGCUCGUGCUGAGGCCACCGCCGAGAUCGUGGAGAAGCAGUUCUUCGGCCUUAAUCGGGCGAUGGUGACCCUGAUGCAGUUCGUAACGCUCGACAACCUCUCGGAUGUGUAUUACCCGCUCAUCAUGACCAGACCUUGGCUCUGUUUGUACUUCUUUCCUAUUCUGGUCUUCAUCUCCAUUGGUCUGAUGAAUCUGGUCACGGCCGCCCUCGUGGAAAACGCCAUGCAAACGGCAGCACUCGAAGCUGAAGAGGAACGCCUGAAGUUGAAGAAGAGGGUGCGGGGUGCCUUACCCUCCCUUAUCGAGAUCUUCCACGCCUUGGACACGGACCGCAGUGGGCUGCUGACACAUGAGGAGGUGGUCAACGUGCCGUUGGAUGUCCUGCCUCCCAGGGUCCUUGAUGCCAUCUACGUGGAAAGCAUGGCAGACAUCUUUGACUACUUGGAUGUGGAUGGAACAGGGCAGCUUUCACAAAUGGAGUUUGUUGAGGGACUGUUGAAUCUUUGCUUGAUGGACAUGCCCAUCUCCACCAUCCAGUCGCUGAAGCUUCUGCAGUUGAUCCGUGGCUUGUUGGGCAAAGUCGACAAGGAGGUAACGUCGCUGAAGGCACACGUUCAAGCAAUCGGUCAGACGGGGCACGUAGAGCUGGUCUGA